AUGACUGAGAAUAAAGCAUACAAAGAUCUGCUAAUUGAAUUUCAUCCUAAAAAUUUUGUUAAGAGAAAUUAUGGACAGCUCAUUUUGCUGCUGCGUGGCCGCUUUGGAAGUAGUGUUGUGGGUCGUACCACGUUGUUUUUACUUAAAGUUGCUGCUUUAGAGAUCAUAAGGAGGUUCUCCAAGAGCAAAUGUCCAUGUCUAUGGCGAGGCCUUCAAGCACUACAAAUUUUAUGUUAUCCACCUUUUAAAUGGAUUCAGAGGUGGGCGCCCUUCAAGGGUUUGGUUGACAACAUGCAGGUCCUAUCAAAACCGUUGCUAGCCCUUUCAAUUGCAACGUUGUUUUCUGAUCAGUCAAUUACAAUGUUGCUUUCUGAUAAAUCAAAAUGUAGUGAUAGAAAGUCUGAUUUAAGUUCUGAUUCAGAAGAUGCAGUAGUAUACUCUGGAUUAUCUCCUUUACAGGUUGAUUUGAAUAUAAGCCAGUGUUUGACAAAUCCUAAAAUUUUAGAACCUGAGAAGUGGUUGACUCAACUCAAUCAAGAGCUUGAAAAUCAAGGACUUAGUUUACCCGAAAGAAUCAACGAAGACGAGCUUCGGAGAUUUUAUGCAGCUUCUAAUAAUGAUUUUUCAUGCUUCCUUACCUCAAUAAAGAAAACCAUACGAUGGAGAGAGACUUACAGAAUUCUUUCUGAGGAAGAACUGAAAAUGUGGACAAAGAUGGUGUUUUGGCAUGGGUGUGAUGUGGAGCACAGACCUUGCCUAAUUGUUAGGCUUGGGUCAGCCUACAAUACUUUGACAUCCGAGGAUAGACCUCGAUUUGCUCAGGCAGUCAUAUCACAGGUAGAAUAUGGAGUCUUGCACUUGGUUGAUGCAAAUAAUCCUCAAAUUACAGUGUUGGUGGAUUUUGAAGGGCUAUCUCCAGUGAGAAUUCCCAUGCAAAUAAUGAGAUCUUGUUCUUCCCUUCUGCUAGACCACUUUCCCAAUCGUCUUGGUUGCAUGUUUGUCAUACAACUGCCAGCCAGUGUUCAAGUUAUUGCCCAGACUUUUAUUCAGGAUUUGAAACCUGCAACUAGAAACAAGUUGAAAAUGGUACGGGAAAUGUAUCAGAAAGUUCUUUCUGACUCUCUGCCCAACCUGCCUUCAUAUCUUGGAGGCUGCUGCACUUGCAUGAAAUGCUCUAACAUUGGCCAGCGGGAUAUGCUGCAACCUUAUGCAGCUGGGACCAGCAGGAGAGACAAGGUGGAGGACACCGGUGACAGUGACAGUGAUAACGAGGAUCCUCCAACAUUGCAUCCUUCCAAUGAAUUAGAAGGCCACUUGUAUGGCCGAUAUGACCAGUUAUUGAGAACUGCUAUCGUUGGUAUUCUUAUAUUUUGGACUUUUGUAGCUCUUGGUGCUGUAGUAUUUGAUUCCAGUAAUAGUCACCUGCCUUGA